AUGGAGCCAAAGCCCUUGGGAGCCAAAGCCCUUGGAAUCAAAUCGGGGCCACCUGUCGUGUUGAGACACCAGCUCAACGACCUCAUACAUACCAUUAAAUUCCUUUACGCUUACAAGGCACAGGAGCAACGAAUCCAAAGAAAAUACUGCUGCUGUUCCAGAAUGCCCGAUAGAAACAAGAGACGGGUCUUUGUGGCCUUGUAUUUUCGUCAGUCGAUCACGUCGGAUCCCAGCAGUCAAGCCUUAGGACCUGCUAGAUUUCACUGGGCUAUCUGGAUCGAGUCAAAGGGGAGUAAAGGUCAAGGGGCAUGCUACCAAGCCAUUAGCCACCCUUCAUAUUCCAAUAUUCCCGGCUCAGGAGGUUGGACCUACAAUUACCGAUCAGAUGCCGAUUUUGAGAGGUCUAAUUCAAUGAUGGUCCGUAUUAUGAUCGGGAAACUCCCGAAGGGCACAGGCUACAAUGACGUGGACGCCGUGCUACGUCGAAUCAGGCUGCCAAGGGAGAAUGCGCGUUCAAUCGAGAACUGUGUUACUUGGACAAAAGCCGCAAUUGAGCAAUUGCAGAGGCGUCGAUGGGCCGAAAACUUCAGCAUCGGGCGUUUUGCGGAUCAUGGCCAGCAGAGGGCAUCGCGCUUGUAUGACACCCGACAGUGGCGGGCGAAGAAGCUAAAAGAGAAUUACACUCGGAGAAAGUUCCCAUGA